UGUGCGCAUGCUCAAUCUGCCGGCGGCGCAUGCGUGUUGUUGCGUCUUCGUCUCUGAGGAAACGCCUGGCAAGGGAGCGGUGAAGGGAACUAGGCCAAAGCCGGGGACUUGCGUAAAUGUGUUCGCCGGAGGAGGCGCGCGUGGCGCCUGUCCCGGAGAGAGACUUGCCCCCGGAAUGGGAGACGGACGAAGAGCGAAUGGCCUUUCUGUUCUCUGCUUUCAAGCAGAGUCGGGAGGUCAACGCCACCGACUGGGAUAGUAAGAUGGGGUUUUGGAGCGAGCUGGUGCUUAAGCGCGGGCGCCGCCGGGGAGAGGUGCGCACUUGUUUACGUGAGCUCCAGCUGGCCUUCGAGCGGCGGGGCAGCGUCCCGUUGGGGCUGGGCACCGUCCUUCGCGAGCUGCUCAGGCGUUGCAAGUUGCAGCGGGAAUCUGACUUUAUGGCAAGCGUGGACAGCAGCUGGAUCUCCUGGGGUGUGGGAGUUUUUAUUCUGAAGCCCCUGAAGUGGACUCUGUCCAGUGUGUUAGGUGACAGCAAAGUGCCAGAAGAGGAAGAAAUCUUGAUAUACGUAGAUUUACUUCAGGAGAAGGCAGAAGAAGUUUAUCAUCUCUACCAGAAUUCUACACUAUCUUCACACCCUGUUGUUGGCUUGUCGGAGUUGCGUUCCUUGUGUGCCACUGUCUGCCCAGAUGAAAGGACAUUUUGUCUAGUGCUUCUCCAGCUGCAAAAGGAAAAGAGGGUUACAGUCCUGGAGCAGAAUGGAAAUAAGAUAAUGAAGUUUGCACGAGGUCUUCAUGCCAAAGUGUCUCCAGUGAAUGAUGUGGACAUUGGGGUGUAUCAGCUGAUGCAGAGUGAGCAACUACUGUCACAGAAGGUGGAAUCCCUUGGCCAAGAAGCAGAGAGGUAUAAAGAGGAGGCCCGGAGUGCUUGUAGAACUGGGAAAAAGCAGUUGGCUCUGAGAUUUUUGAAAUCCAGGCGAAGAACAGAAAGACGCAUUUCAGAACUUCACUCCAAGCUAGAUGUGGUACAAGGAAUUUUGGAUCGGAUAUACGCCUCUCAGACAGAUCAGAUGGUAUUUAAUGCCUAUCAAGCUGGAGUGGGAGCUCUAAAGCUAUCCAUGAAAGAUGUAACAGUGGAGAAGGCAGAUAAUCUGGUGGAUCAAAUUCAAGAGCUUUGUGACACUCAAGAUGAAGUAUCCCAAACUUUAGCAGGAAUAGGAAUCAAUGGCUCAGAGGCUGACACUGAGGAACUGGAAAAGGAACUGCGUAGUCUACUCCUGGACUCUUCCAAAGAUCUUCCAGACCUGCCUUCUGUUCCCCAGAAACCUUUGUUUCCUGAGUCUGUGGUGCUUCCCAGCAUAUCAGAUGCUGAGCUUGAAGCAGAGUUGGAGAAGCUCAUACUUUCAGAUGGAGGAUUGGCACAAAAGACUGAUUCGGGCUCCUCACAGCCUGAAAGAGCUCUGGAAUUGCAUCUCUAACAGCUCCAAAUCAGCUUCCUGCUCUGAAGAUGUCUUAUUUUGGUGAUCAUUCUUCAAGGACUUGUGGAAUGUGGGCUGAUGCCCCCUCCUUGCUAGACAGCACUUUUUUUGUAAGAGACGGGAUGUACCGCCAUGACAAUCCAUCCUCUUUCAAACGGACCCCAACUGCUGUUGCUGUUGUCUUUCAGUGCCAAACUACAGUGUUACUGAGUGACUUAUUCACCUGUGUUGCCAAUAAUGGUCUCUAUUUUCUGUCAAGUUGGCUCCUGCUGGUAUUUUAAUGUGCCACUUCAUGAGAGCCUGCUUAACACUUAACAGAACUAGGUGUAACAACCACUGCUAAGAACUGGAAACACAGCAGAGCUGCAAUUGCUGUGGUGUUCAGCUGUGUUAUGUGGUUGUACAAAUCAUUAGGUGCACAGUACACACACUGUUUCUGACAGCCAACUUUUUGGCAACAAUCUUACACAUGUUGAUGGUCUUUUCUUCUUCCUUAUCUGUGUUUGCACGGUUGUGGAAAAUUUAGGUGUAUGACAGUUUUAUUGUAGGAGACAUUUCCUGUUGCUAUUCCCAUGAGGGGGUAGCAUCAGCCAAGCACAGAAUAAAACCUUUCUCCAAUACUAGCGUAGCCUUAAAGGAACCUGCAAAAUAUUUUGAAAUGAAGGGGUUGCUGCUUGAAGGCGAUAAAGUCUUUUGAUGUUUUAAAAUUGCUUUUUUUGUUUAACUGGAGGAAGAGUAAUUAAUGUUGUGUUCUGGUUCAGUGGAAUGCUCCCUUUAAUAGCCACAGAGAAUUUAGGGUGAGCAGUUGAACCAGAAGCAAAGAGAUGUUGGUUUUGUAUCCUCCACAAGGUUCUUUUUUUUUUGUAUGUGUUGAAAAAUCUUGAAAAACAAUAGAUUUGAACGAAGUUUCCCCCACUUCAGUGGGAUCUCCCUCGGGGAGUGUCACUUUUUCCCAGAAGCUCAAGAGGCAACUGGUGAAUCUGAAGGCCAAACAAGAAUGGGAUGGCUUUUAUGUAUCUAUAGAAAAGAAAUGUGCAAUUGGUCUUCCCCUUUGCAGAUCACCUUUCUCACUCCUUUAUGUGCACGUGAGAAAUGCAGGCCUGCUCUCUCUUGAGGGCAGCUGCUUUCUGUGUGGCCAGAGUCACUGCUUGAGGAGGAGCCAAGCACUCAGUGCAAGGGUUCUUCACAGAGAGGGGCCAUGCCAUGCACUUAAACUGGGAACCGGCUAUAGCAAGAAUGCGUAGUAAGUAGUGGCUGUUAGUGAACUUGCAACCUCUUCUGUGACAGUGUGUGUGCUACCAGAAAUAAUGGCCUUAUGGUAUCCGCUGUUCCACCCAACUUUGUGCAAAGUGGAGGAAAGCUUUGAAUGUUUUUUUCAAGGAUGACACUGGAGCCUGAAUUUGGGAGUGGGGAAACCAGCGUCAUUUUUACUUUCAGCACACUACAUCGGAAUGGACACUUUGCUGUUUCCCCACAAGACACUUCCUGGGCUUUCUGUCAGGAUGGCACAUCGAGCAGCCUUGUAAUGAAGGCAGGCUACAAACAGAAUCGUGUGAAACAGUUUUAAUGACGUUGUGUUACUUUUGUUUAGUAAGCAGGCGAGAGAAGAAAAAGUAAUCACUGUUUUUUACCAAUGAUGUAAUAAAGGAGAGAAAAGACUUUUA